AAUUGAUCCAAAGAACGUCUUGUUCUCAUAUCUGGUUGAUUACAGCAGCGUUCUGCUUCCUUUGUUUUAUUGGUACCAUGUUACGACUUGUAAUCUGACGCUGCGUUCCUCUGUUUCUUCAACAGUGAUUCGAGCGAAGGUGGUGGGAGAGAGCGAGUUGGAUACCGGGAAUGAUAUCUAUGGGAACCCAAUCAAGAGGAUCCAGUAUGAGGUCAAACAGAUCAAGAUGUUCAAGGGUCCUACCCAGGACAUCGAUGCCAUCUUCACUGCUCCUAUGUCUGCUGUCUGUGGCGUCACCCUGGAUGUCGCCGGCAAGAAGGAGUACCUGAUCUCAGGCAAGUCCGAGGCCAACGGGCGCAUGCAUGUGACCCUGUGUGAUUACAUCAUGCCCUGGGACUCCUUGAGCAGCACCCAGAAGAAGGGCCUGACCCAGCGCUACCAGAUGGGCUGUGAAUGCAAGAUUGUGCGCUGUCCUUCUCUGCCCUGCGAGAUCUCGGCUCCUGAAGAGUGUCUGUGGACGGACAUGAUGAUCGAGAAGCAGGUGCACGGACGCCAGGCCAACCACUACGCCUGCGUGAAGCGGGCGGACGGCUCCUGCUCCUGGUACCGCGGCAUUGCGUCGCCCAAGAAGGAGUUCCUGGACGCCGACGACCCUUAGUCACGAGGCAGGCCUGACUGCCCACUGUCUGGAAAAUAAAUGUAAACGAUUCCAUUGAUAUUCAAGAUAACAACAUCAUAUUUUUGAUUAAAAAAGGCAAAGCUAACGUGUCUAAUAUUACCUGCCGGUCUGAAAACAACCUUCAGCCUCUCUCUGUAUUUGUUGUCCGUUAGCAUUCCAGUCAGAGAAAGCGACCUCGGCAUUGCUCAUUUUGAACUGAAGAGGUUUCGGAGGUUCUUCUCAGACACAGCACUUCUUUAAUAACAAAUAAAAUGGCAUCAUGAGACAUAGACUGGUCAAGUGAUGAUGUAACUUCCUCCUGAGGCUGGCGUCAGGAGGACAUAAAUUCUCGGUGAGACAGAGCACUUCCUGCCCCGCAAAGCGCUUUAACAGCUCUCCACCAAUCAGACGAUCAUUUGUUUCCCAUCGUGUUUCUACUUUUAUUACCUCAUUCUCCAUUUUUAUUCCAAAGCCAAAUUCCAAGUUGCCUUUUUUUUUAAAUGAUUGUCUCGCUCUCUCACUAUUAGUUUCUCUCUCGUCUUCUCUGCUGGUACACCCACGACACGGUUUUCUUUUAAAAGAACAUCUAGCAUGGCUUUUCUGGUUUCAUUAGGUGAAACAUCUUUUCUUGUGGUGAUUUUAAGUCUGCGAUCUUCACAGGCCUCACUGGACCAGUCUAUGCGGUGCAAAGAUCAGCUCUCUAAAUUAAAAAAAACCUGCUUCCCGCCCAGCAGUCCAAUCAAAAAUAUCCUACAUUUCACAUCUUCAUUCCUCUUCAUUCUUACCCCCAUUUUGUAGCCGUACAGUACUCAUGCAUAUACUAGUUGUAUUGUUACUUGAUGAUUAUUAUUUACUGCAUUAGAACUAGAUUUGCACUUUUUUGAGGUUCAAGUACAAGAGCCUAAACACUCUGAUGUGACAUUUAUCAUAGUUCGCCCCGACCGACAGAUCCACCUCAGGUGCAGAUAUCUCCUAUUUUGAGUGCUUUUGGUGAUCUACAUUCACUUAUUCUUCCUAUGUUUGUCAUCAGAUCAAAUUGAAGAAAAACUAAAAAAGUGGCGCCUGAGAGGUUGGGAUAAAAGGGAUCUUUUUGCAGGUUUAAUGUGUGAAAGAGAAACAAAAAGAGCUUUGUUGGAUGUUAUUUCAGUGUCUUUGUACUAUCUGUUGAUUGUAAAUGCCAACAGCAGUUUCAUGAUUUGCCAAUAUAUUCUCGCAGAUGGUUUAUUUCAUGAGUAAUAAGGUAUUAACAUGCUUACUGUUAGCUUUCCUGCUCUUUCCAGUAAUUAAUGAAAGCUUUACCGCUGUCAUAGAAAGCAAGUUAUCAAUCCAAGUUUACAGUGCUGUUUUAUACACCUUAAGCUAUCAAAAAAAACUAUCUAUGGAGUAUUAGAGGCAUAAUUUAAAAGUAAACUCUUUCCAUUUGCAUUACUUUGUAUUUUUUCAGUGUUAUUAUUAUACCUGUCAUGAUUUUUGUGUGUUUUCGCUGUCUUUUGUCUAUGAUGUCUUUAGCUGUAAUGUCGAGGUGAGAAGGUCCUCUUGCGCUGGAGUAACGUGAGAGUGAGAGAGAUUAACCGUUUUUGGAGAGGUGUAGAGAAAUGAGAAAUGGGUACCUUGUGUUAAUAGAGGACUGUGCAUGUGUUUGAUGCUUUGUGUAAGUCCAGGCGAAGGACAAAAUAUUCAGUAUUAUCAAAUAAAAAUCAUGUUUGAAAGAA